GGAGCCGGAAAGGUCGGCAUGGAGAGCCUGUCCCCUGAGGGACCGCCUGGCCAUCCUCAGCAGGGGGAGACCUCUGCCUGCUGGCGGCUCACCGUGAAAGUGCUGAGGGCGCGGAGCCUGCGCCGGGCAGACCUGUUGAGUGAGGCUGACGCGUACGUGCUCCUGCAGCUGCCAACCGCACCUGGAAUGAAGUUCAGGACCAGAACCGUCGCCAACUCCAGUCAUCCUGUGUGGAAUGAGACCUUCAGUUUCCCAGUCCAGAGACAGGUCAAGAAUGUUCUAGAGCUGAGCAUCUAUGAUGAGGACUCAGCGACGGAGGAUGACAUCUGCUUCAAGUGUCUCUACGAUGUCUCAGAAGUCCUCCCUGGCCAGCGGCUCCAGAAGACCUUCUCCCAGAGUCCCCAGGCCCAGGAAGAGCUGGACGUGGAGUUCCUGAUGGAAAAAGCGUUAGACCGUCCGGAAAACCUCGUCACCAACCAAGUGCUUGUGGCCCGGGAGCUGUCCUGCCUGGAUGUGCGUCUGGACAGAGCAGGCAGCGCUUCAGCGGUGGCAGGUCAGGAUCAGCUGGAGCUGGAGCUGGUGCUGCAGGGGUCCUAUGAGGACACGCAGACGUCUGUCCUGGGCACAGCCUCUGCCGUCCGCUUCCACUACCUGGCGGCUCAAGAGACGGAGCUGAGUGGGCGCCUGAGGGGCUCCACGAGCAAUGGCUGGAACUCCCACGGCUCAGCUGGACACCUCACUCUGCCCCUGAAGUCCCUGGCCACGGGGAAGGAGGUGACUGUGGAUGUUCCUGCUACAAACGGCCCAGGAGUGAGGCUGCAGCUCAAGGCAGGGGCCUGCCCCGAGGAGCUGGCCGUGCGGCUGGGCUUCGACCUCUGCGCGGAGGAGCAGGCCUUCCUGAGCAGGCGGAAGCAGGUGGUGGCCAAGGCCCUGAAGCAGGCCCUGCAGCUGGACAGAGACCUGCAGGAGGACGAGGUUCCCGUCGUGGGCAUUGCGGCCACAGGAGGUGGCGCCAGGGCCAUGACCUCACUCUACGGCCACCUCUUGGGCCUGCAGAAGCUCGGCCUCCUGGACUGUGUGACCUACUUCAGUGGCGUUUCAGGCUCAACCUGGGCAAUGUCCCACCUGUACGGGGACCCUGAGUGGUCACAGAAGGACCUUAAGGGACCCAUCAGCCACGCCCGGGAGCACCUGGCCAAGAGCAAGCUGGACGCCUUCUCCCUGGUGCGCCUGGCGAGCUACAAGCAGGAGCUGGAGCUGAGGGCUGAGCGGGGCCACCCCACAACCUUUGUGGACCUGUGGGCCCUGGUGCUGGAGUUCAUGCUGCAUGGUCAGGUGAUGGACCAGAAGCUGUCAGGACAGAGAGCUGCACUGGAGCGGGGGCAGAACCCCCUGCCCCUCUACUUGAGCCUCAAUGUCAAAGAGAACAAUCUGGAGACCCUCGACUUCAAAGAGUGGGUGGAGUUCUCCCCCUACGAGGCCGGGUUCCUCAAGUAUGGCGCCUUCGUCCCCCCUGAGCUCUUCGGCUCCGAGUUCUUCAUGGGGCGGCUGAUGAGGAGGCUGCCUGAGCCCCGCGUCUGCUUUCUGGAAGGUAUCUGGAGCAACAUUUUCUCCCUGAACUUGCUGGAUGCUUGGUAUGACCUCGGCAGCUCUGGCGAGGCCUGGACACACCACCUCAAGGACAAGAUCAGGAACAUGGAGAAGGAGCGCCCCCCUGCCUCCCCACAGCCCUCCUCCUGGAGGGAGGCGUCGUGGCUGCAGCCUGGCACGGCCCUGGCCCAGGCAUUUAAGGGCUUCCUGACGGGCAGGCCACUCCACCAGCACAGCACCAACUUCCUCCAGGGCCUGCAGCUGCACCAGGACUACUACAGCCAGAGGGACUUCUCCACCUGGGCAGACAGUCCGCUGGAUUCCACCCCUGGCCAGCUGACUCCCCAGGAGCCCCAGCUCUGCCUGGUGGACGCCGGCUACUUCAUCAACACCAGCUGCCCCUGCAUGUUCCGACCAGGCCGCAAGCUGGACCUCAUUCUCUCCUUUGACUACUCCCUGUCCUCGCACUUCGAGGCGCUGCAGCAGAUGGAGCUGUACUGCCGAGCCCGCGGGCUGCCCUUCCCCCGCGUGCAGCCCAGCCCCCAGGACCAGCGCCAGCCGGGCGAGUGCCACCUCUUCUCAGACCCCACCUGCCCCGAGGCCCCUGUCCUGCUGCACUUCCCGCUGGUCAACGCCUCCUUCAAGGACCACUCGGCCCCUGGUGUCCGGCGCAGCCCCGCAGAGCUCCAGGCUGGCCAAGUGGACCUCACUGGGCCUACCUCCCCCUAUGCCCUCUUCAACAUGACCUACAAGGAGGAAGACUUUGACCACCUGCUGCAGCUCAGUGACUACAACGUGCGCUACAGCCAGGAUGCCAUCCUGCAGGCCUUGAGGGCCGCUCUGAAGCACCGGGCCUCAGGGCUGCAGCCUCCAGGGACACAGCUCUGA